UUUCUGUCUGGUGUUGACUUUAUUGAAAAUAUUGCUGGUGAUAUUUAUUAUUACUGAAGAUUGUCUUAAUGAGUAUUGAGGUAUUGUUUAUUUCUGUAAUCUAAUUGAAAUUCAAUCGUAAUUACCUCUUACGUCGGAAGGCGAUGAAAAUGGUCCUCACAACUCGUCAGAAGGAUGAAUUGAACCAUGCAAUUGCUGAUUAUCUGUUCUCACAAGGAUUCAAUGGAGCAUUGGAAAUAUUCAAAAGAGAGGCUCAAAUGCCCAGUGAGAUUGAUAAAAAGUACAGUGGAUUAUUGGAGAAAAAAUGGACUUCUGUGAUACGUUUACAGAAAAAAGUGAUGGACUUGGAGGCAAAAUUAUCAGAAGCAGAAAAAGAAUACAUUGGAGGAGCACCAACAAGAGAGAGAAGAUCUCCAACAGAAUGGAUACCUCGACCACCAGAAAAAUUUACUCUCUGUGGUCAUCGUUCAACCAUUACAAGGGUUAUAUUUCACCCUGUUUUUAGCUUGUUAGUUUCUGCCAGUGAAGAUGCAACUAUUAAAGUAUGGGACUAUGAAACUGGUGAUUAUGAAAGAACCCUUAAAGGCCACACUGACAGUGUCCAAGAUAUUGCAUUUGAUGCAACCGGUAAACUAUUGGCCUCCUGUUCAGCUGAUAUGGCUAUUAAAUUAUGGGACUUCCAAUCUUAUGAGUGUUUAAGAACUCUUCAUGGGCACGAUCACAAUGUUUCAUCGGUUACAUUUAUGCCAACUGGUGAUCAUAUUAUUUCUUGUUCAAGAGAUAAAACAAUUAAAAAGUGGGAAGUAGCUACUGGUUAUUGUGUAAGAACUUAUGCUGGUCAUCGUGAUUGGGUGAGGAUGGUCCGAGUUAAUAAGGAUGGUACACUAAUUGCCAGCUGUUCUAAAGAUCAUACCAUAAUUAUUUGGAAUACGAGUGUGAAUGAGCAUAAAUUAGGGACAAAUGAGCACAAAGUAGUCCUUAAAGACCAUGAUCACACAGUAGAAUGUAUAGCCUGGGCUCCUGAAUCAGCAUUCACAAUCGUCUGCGAAGCAGCGGGUAAUGAUAAUUCUCGAAAUAAUCGAACAGGACCAUUCCUGGUUAGUGGCUCUCGAGAUAAAACCAUCAGAGUGUGGGAUGUAACUAUUGGAAUAUGUUUAUUCACUCUAAUUGGUCACGAUAACUGGGUUCGAGGUGUCGUUUGGCAUCCUGGGGGCAAAUAUAUAAUUAGCAGUUCUGAUGAUAAAACUGUCCGAGUUUGGGAUAUAGUGAAUAAAAGGUGCUCUAAAACAUUAGAAGCACAUAACCAUUUCUGCACUACUGUCGAUUUCCAUCAAACCUCUCCAUUCGUCAUCACUGGAUCGGUAGAUCAAACGAUUAAAGUCUGGGAAUGUCGUUGAAAUGGCCGAUUAUCCCAUUAAAAUCAGUAGCUUAAUUUUAUUUUUGCUUCUUUCUAGGAGAUAUAUCCUUUAUUGUCAAUGACUAUUCUGUUGCUUCAUUUCUCCCUCUUUCUCUUUUCUCUUGCCUCUCAAAUCUUAUUUACUGUUUUCUUUCUCUCAUCAUUCAACAAAAAAAAUCUUAAUUAUACUGAUCUAAAAUCUUAUGAUAAUCUUUUCAAAUUCUAAGUGAUGGUAGAGAAGGAGAAAGAGAUAAGAAGAGCCGGGGAAACAAUCUCUCAGCCAAAAAACCUCUGAUGUUUUCUUCCCUAUUCCUCCUCCUUAUUUUCUGUCCCUUUCAUCUAUUGUUUCUCUUCUCCUUAUCUCAAUCAUCAGAGAUGGUUGACAAAAUUUAAUUUCAUAUAAAUAAAUAAUUAUAAUAAUAAAAAGAAUGGCAGAGAGAGAGAAAGUAAAAAAUGUGAUCCGACAAAAUCUAAUGUGGCGCUCAUAAAAUAAAAUUUAAAAUAA